CAACACGUUCGGAAUUUUGAUGGCGCAAGUUGGAGGCCUGAAGGGUUCGGACCACUUGAUCCUCCCUCCCGUCUGGUCAUGGUCGUGUUGUACCUGGUUUCCCUCGUCUGCCUUGGCGCAAGUCCGGCGUUAUCCUUACAUGCUGCCGCCCCAUUCUUGCAUCAUCGCUUGUGGAAGAUGUUCGCCGACAGGAGGAGCACAGGGGUUGCGGCUGCACCAAUCCUAGAGCUUGAGGGCUUCAGGGAGCAAGUAGAACUUGACCGCGCAGGUGAUCGUCGAACCCUGCUACUUGCUGACUUGAAGGAACUCGGGAGCCUGGUGGCGUCUGGCAGCACUUCAUCUUUGUUGUCCGGGCCGUUGGCCGUAGAGAGCAACAUAGAAGACAUGUCUGAGUUGCCGCUCUUGCAGGCACGAGUACUCCAGAGUUUUGCACCCCCUGACAUGUUCACGCCCACCGUUCCGCCCAGGCUCAACAAGACGGUCUGGAAGGGAGAUAAGCAUCCUGAAUAUGACCUCCGCCUAGGUGAGUAGAAAUGGACGCUGCAUCCCUUCUCUCUGCAUGAGACUUGUGUGUCCUGCAACAGGCCGCUUGUUGGACAUGAUUACGUAUGGGUAUCCGCAGCUCUUUGACUUCGAACCAGAUUUGGAGCUCUUCGCGUACGCUUCACAAACAUACCAUGGCAUUGCUCUUGACCUGCGCUAUGGAUGGAUGUAGCAAGGACAUCGUAUUUGAAGACCCCGUUGGGCUCCAGCUGCGAGGGAGAAGCACGUACAAACAAAUCUGGAAAGGUAUGCAGAUGUGAAUUGUGGCUGCACGCAACUAUUUCUCACAUUGGCAGGGCUGUACUACCUGCGCAAGAGCAUCGAUUGGUACGAGAUCCGCCAUCACGUCGUGUGGGAUCCCUACAUGGAGGUCGUUCGUGUUUCCUGGCACCUCAAGCUCAAGGUGAACGGCACGAUCCGACAGCAAUUAGGAAGGGGUGAAUUGAUGGCAGAGCGGAUCGAUGCUUGCUGCUUCUCGCAUGCAUGACAUCAGGCUCCGAUGGUGUCAGACCUGAUUUAUGCCGACGGCAUAUCUGUUUAUUACGUGAACGAUGACGGGUACGCGGCCGUCGCGCGCACAGAGUUGCCAGUUCAGAACAAUGUUGAUGCUGUGUGCUCAGGCUGGUGACCAAGCACCAAGUGACUCUCCUCAAUGCAAGGCCUCCAUGGCUGUGGCGGGUGCUCAACAUCAAAGGCUGGCUGUACUAUCUUACUCCAUCAGGCCCGCAGAUAGUCCAACCCGCACCCUGUACCCCAAUUCGACGUCAAGCGCCGAGGGUUGACUGAAGAGGAUGUGUCGUGAAUGUGCAUGCGAGACCAGUCGUGAGGCAGGCACUUCAUUUAAGUCUUGCCAGUAGUCGAAUGCCCUGCAUAGCAAUGCGACCUAAUGCAGCCAUUCAUGCGGAACACACCACAACUAUCUCUCCAUCGGAACUUUCAUUUGAAUUCUCCUGCUCGGAGACGACGAGACGACACCGCUGGUGGUCAGCAUAAACAAGACAGAAAGAUCCAUCGCUUCGGUACUCACUGCCUCUGUCCCUUCCCUUUGCAGCAGUGGACUCAGUCAGGACACAACCCUGGAGAGGGCAACCACGAGCGCAACGACUGGAAGCGGUAUUACACGCGUGUCAAGGAAAAUUUCCUAUUGGGCCUUCAAGAGCCCGAAAGGUAGGCAACCGUCUGGGUCUCAAUGCAGUGCAUGCCUCCGUCCAUCGUCUGGUGCUCUUUGUUCUCACAGAGGCCCUCCAACUCUACGACGUCUUCUGCUCCUGGUCGAGCCGCUACCGCAUCCCCGGUCUGACCAUGAGUGUCAACACAUUCCUCGGCAGGGCCGUGGGGGCGAGCUGCCAUCGAUCGACCAGGGACGUAGCUGGAGCACAGCACGGUGCUGUGCCGUCAGGGACGAGUUGAUCAAGGAGCUCGAAGGUCUCUGGCUUUACAACCGCUGUCAGCACGUGUACCCCGUCUACCUCAAUGACACUGGCCAUGUACCAAACAACCCACACAUGCGAAUCGCCGCAAGUUUCUUCUGCUCUCCGUUUCAGGUUGUGUCUGACACGUCCGACAAGGUUCCCCUCUCCGACUUCCCUGAUGGCUACUCCAAGGACGACCUCCUCAAGGUCCCGCCCCGCGACAAGUAUCGCCGUCUUCGCGCCACCCAGGAUCCGCCCCACGCCCCGCUCACUCGCAUCGGCCAGCUGAAGGCAGCCCUCCGCAAGACAGCGCAACAAAGGUAUGAGGAGUACCGGCAGCGAGAGAUCGACAGCAUCAAGAAGGCAAAUUGAGGUCCUCGAGACCAGGUCAGUCGACGUCGAGAGCAUCCCUCGUCCCAGGGGGGUCAGCCGUCGCAACUCGCGCAAGGGGCCUUCGGGACGUGUCACCGUUCCUUCGGCGAUGGUCUUCACCGCGGAAAGGAGAAGGCGCUGCGGGCAGCCCUGGAGUGCAGGUUGCAGCACCUGCAGGGCCAUGGGUGUCCCAAGUGCCGGGACUUGGGGUCAGGGUGGGAGGAGUUCCAGCAACGGGACAAUCGGAGGCUGGAGAUCGAGCGUGUCGACAGUUGUAUCGAGGAGGUCGAGGCCGCCAUACGUGAUGGACGUGAGGUGUCUCCUCCCCCUGGGAUGGGUGGUAGGGCGUCUGGGAUGGCAUGGGUACGAAAGGAAACACAUCACGUACAUUCCUCCCAGAUCAGACCCAUCACCAGUAUUAUGAUUUGUUUGCGUGCAGGACACGAGCCACACGGUGGACGGUCAACCGCGGUGUCAGAUUCGCUUCACGCCAGCACAGCCUCCCAUGGACACCAGCAUGAAGGCGCUGCUCGCUGCUCUCUAGCUCAAGCGGAAGCACCGGGUCGAGGGCGGGUGCGAGAGGUGUUUGCAGUCGGCCAGCACGCGUGACAACGAGGAGGGUGGGCGGGCCUCAGCUGCAUGGACUCGCGAGAACGCAGGUGGCGACCAUCGACGCGGCACUCAGCCAGAUCGACAAGGGCGUGGUUCCCUCGUCUCUCACGGGCACAGGGUGCACCUACCUUCCGCGACAAGACACCGUCGUGACGCAUCACACUCGCAACAAAAACAGGUGUCAUCCGAGCUUUUCAUUUGGCCCCCGGUCUAAGCUCGAUCAGCUGGAAGCAGUCAAGCUGGCUCUUGAGGCCAAGAGACAUCAUCUGUAGGGCGGGACGCGUGAGAAUUGCCGAUGAACAAUCGCUCCCUUGGCUUCCUGGAGUUUUGCCCUUCCCUUCCGCCUUUGGUUGUCUGUCAGCGACUGAUCUGGGGCGGUCGAAUGUGUCACGGGAAGGGCAUGUUCGACCGCGGUCAGUCCCUCAUUUGUUGUGUUCCAUAAUGCGGGUUCGGGGGGGUCGUGAGGUUUUGGGAAGGACCGAGCGACCCCCGCGCAACCCCCGUGCGGUUGUCCAGUGUCAUUGUCUUUUUGGCUGGUAGGCCCUCGUAAAUUGAUGGUAGGCCUGUAAACUGCAUGAUCUACGUGGAAUGCGUACAUACGAGCAGGUGCAUGCCGCUGCAUAGUGGUUUUAUCGUAUCAGACUCAUCUCGGUCUGUAUGCAAAUGAAAACG